GGAACCAGCGGCUGGAUGAGGAGCAUCAGACCACAUUGCAAAACAACUAUGACAAGCAAAAUUUACUACGACUCAAGCUCAAGUGACAACUGCACCGAAGUGGACGAUCUCAUGAAGCGCUACUACCUGCCCGCCACAUACGGGGCGAUCUUCAUCGUGGGCGCUGUGGGAAACAUCAUAGCUCUGCUGGUCUACGUGCUCAAACUUCGGCCCUGGAGGAGCUGCACCAUCAUCAUGGUGAACCUCGUCAUCACGGACCUUCUCUUUAUGGUCAGCUUGCCCUUCUUGAUCUACUACUACGUCCUUGACGACAGCUGGACGCUGGGGGUCACCAUGUGCCGCUUUGCGCGAUUCAUGUUCCACUUCAACCUCUAUGGCAGCAUCCUCUUCCUCACCUGUCUGGCCAUCUUCCGGUACGUGGCGAUCGUCCAUCCGUUGCACAUGCAGAGAAUCAAGCAGAAGCGAUGGGGCGUGUUGGCUUGCGUCUUGGUUUGGGUCGUGACGAUAAGCGAGUUAGGUCCGAUUUUUAACAUGUUUGAGACAGUGACAACGGACAAUAAGACAUACUGCUUGGACUUUGCGAGCAACAACGUAAAAAUAAUCUGGCCGUAUAGUUGGGCUUUGACCAUCCUGGGAUAUUUGCUUCCUCUGCUCGUGGUCUGUCUUUGCUAUUGGCGCAUCAUUAAAGAGCUAAAGAAGGGUCCUCAUGUGGGAUGCACGAAACGGGUUAAAGCAAGGCGACUCAUCGUGUUGAUAAUAACGUGCUUUAUUGUUUGCUUUCUUCCCUAUCACGUGCUACGAGCUCUGAGAGUCUACACGAAACUCACUCCGGACGGCGACUGCAUGCUGGACCGUGGCGCUCACGCCGCCUACAUUAUUUCGAGGCCGAUCGCUGUGCUUAACAUAAUUUUCAACCUGCUGCUCUACACGUUAUCGGGGGACUUUAAGCAGGCCUUCAUGGAUCUGUUCAAAUGUGACCAGUUUAUGGGGAUCGGUAAAGUGUUUGUGAUCAACAAACCCAACACCAAUAUCAAAAACGAGCAGAGCAGCUGAAACUCAAGCCACUGUUUCAGUCUUACCAGGCAUGUCACUGUGAAAUCACCAAUUUAUAAAGAGAGACUCCACCUAAAAAAUAUUAAUGUAAAUAAUUAAUGUUCUAUCAUCAUUUACUAACUCUCAUGUCUUUCCAAACCUGUAUGACUUUCUUACUUUUGUGGAAUAUAAAAGUUGUUAUUUAAUAUAUGAUGUAACCAAGGCCAUUUCAUUAAAAAACGGUCUUUGUUGCCCGCCACUAUGGUCAAACAAUGAUGCAAAUCCGUAAAGAAUCCAUUGCAUUACUCCUGUACAUUUAUGGUAACUAUGUUUGUGGCAGACGUAUGUCUGUGUUUAUUCAUUGUGUGCUUGCUUUCCUUCAUAAACAUUGACUUUAUGAUGAUGGCGUAAGUAAUUUG